UUUAAUUCACCAUAAGCUUAUAUUUUAAAUUACUAGUUUCUUUCUUUAAUUUAAUUUUUAAUUAAUAAAUGAGUGCUUGGUGAUUGGUUUUUAUUUAAAAAGCAAAUUCACUCAUAAUUAUUGCAAAAUGGGUAAUGAAAAAGAAUUAAGUGCUGAACUAGAGGCACCACCAGAUCAAGAUGAUGAACCAUACAUUCUGGAGCUCCCCAGACCGCUUAAUAUUGAAGAAAAAAAAUAUCUUCUUGCUGUGGAAAGAGGAGACUUAGCAAAUGUUCGACGAAUGCUUCAAAUUGCCAAUAAGCCUAACAAAUCUAAAAUAAUUGACGUUAACUGCGUCGAUAGUUUAGGUCGAGGUGCAUUGACAUUAGCAAUAGAGUCUGAGAACUUGGAAAUGGUAGAACUUUUGAUAAUCAUGGGAGUACAAACGCGAGAUUCUCUAUUAUUUGCUAUAGACCAGGAAUUUGUUGAAGCUGUCGAGUUACUGCUUGAACAUGAAGAGCUCAUCAAAAGUCAAGAACUCUCUGGUACCAAUCCACCAAAGGAAAUCACUCAUAGUUGGCAGAUGGUUAAUUCAGCAGCUGCAAGAUAUCCUCCUGAAAUGACACCAUUGAUUUUAGCAGCUCAUAGAAAUAGUUAUGAAAUUCUUAAGCUACUUUUAGAUCGUGGUGCUACCUUACCAAUGCCUCAUGAUGUUCGAUGCGGUUGUGAUGACUGUUUGCGAUCUGCCACUGGAGAUCCUUUAAAGUUAUCAUCAGCAAGGAUUUCAGAAUACAAAGCAUUAGCAAGCCCAAGUCUGAUUGCUCUUAGUUCACCAGAUCCUUUGAUGACAGCUUUCCAACUCAGCUGGGAAUUGAGACAAUUAGCAGUUUCCGAGCCUGAAAGUCGAGCGGAAUAUCUUAAAUUGAGACGGCAAGUCGAAAAAUUUGCAGUGGAUCUUCUCCAACAAACUCGAAGUACUGGGGAGUUAAAUACAAUAUUAAACCAUAACUCUGAAGAGAAUACUGGGCAGCCUCCAAGACAUUUAGCGAGAUUAGAAGCUGCCAUUCAAUAUAAACAGAAACGAUUUGUCGCUCAUUCUCAUGUUCAGCAAUUUCUAGCAGCAAUCUGGUACGAAGGAAUUCCAGGAUUUCGACGAAUGCCGGCAAUCCAAAAAACAGGAAUUUUGAUAAAAACUGCAUUACUUUUUCCUUGGUAUUGCUUGGUCUACUAUUUUGCUCCAAAUUCAAAAACAGGCCAACUUGUUCGUCGUCCGUUUAUGAAAUUUUUAGUUCAUGCUUCUUCUUAUCUUUUCUUCCUUCUGAUUUUGAUGCUAGUUUCACAAAGAGCUGAAGUUCAAGUGGUUACGUUAUUUGGAUCAGAAGACAUGAGAAGACAACUGGAAGAAGAUUUAUCAAAACAAAGAGGAGCCGGGCCAACUCCACUCGAAUACGUUGUUAUACUUUAUGUAUUAGGAUUUAUUUGGCAAGAAACUAAAGAAGCUUUUGGAGAUGGGUUAAAAGCUUAUCUUAGAAAUAUGUGGAAUUUUAUUGAUUUCACUCGAAACUCUCUUUAUGUAGCAACAGCAUUACUCAGAGUGGCAGCGUAUCUUCAACAACGUGCUGAGAUUCAAAAUGAUCCAGCUGCUUCUUUUAUACCAAGAGAAAAUUGGGGUGAUUUUGAUCCACAAUUGAUUGCUGAAGGUCUCUUUGCAGCUGCUAAUGUUUUUAGUGCUUUAAAGCUUGUUCAUCUUUUCAGCAUCAAUCCACAUCUUGGACCACUUCAAAUUUCACUGGGUAGAAUGGUGAUCGACAUCGUCAAAUUCUUCUUCAUUUAUACUCUGGUACUUUUUGCAUUUGCCUGUGGAUUAAAUCAAUUGUUAUGGUACUUUGCAGAGUUAGAAAAAAGAAAGUGUUAUACAGGAAUGCAUGAUCCUAGUUGGGAUCCAACUAGUGAUUCUUGUUUAAGAUGGAGAAGCUUCAGUAGCCUCUUCGAAUCCUGUCAAAGUCUUUUUUGGGCUAGCUUUGGUGGAGUUGGAAUGGAUGCCUUUGAAUUAACUGGCAUUAAAUCUUACACUCGUUUUUGGGGACUUCUUAUGUUCGGAUCCUAUUCAGUUAUCAAUGUAAUAGUGUUGUUAAAUCUUCUUAUUGCUAUGAUGAGCAACAGUUAUGCUGUAAUCGAAGAACAUUCAGAUGUAGAAUGGAAAUUUGCAAGAACUAAAUUAUGGAUGAGUUAUUUUGAAGAGUCUGGAACACUUCCACCACCUUUUAAUAUCUUCCCUGCUCCCAAACUAUUAUUUAGACGUUGCGGGAUGCAAAAAAAACAAACUGGAUUCAGAAAUAGUAAACGAGCCAAAGCUAGAGAACACAAGUAUAGUGCAGUCAUGCGUGCUCUAGUUUGGCGUUACGUCGUUAAUACUCAUAACGAAAAUGAAAUGUCUAUGGUAACAGAGGAUGAUAUUCAUGAAGUCAAAUCUGACAUUUCUAGUUGGCGUUGUGAACUUUUAGAUAUUCUGAGAAGAAAUGGAAUGGAUAUUGCUGGUGCUAAUACUAAGGAUUCAAUGGUUCUUGGGAAAAAAAUGAAAGUUUGGGAACGUAGAUUGAUGAAAGAUUUCCAAGUUUCUGGACCUCUAGUAGAAGAUGGAGAUGAUGAUUCUAAUAAUUCUGACUUACCACAAUCUGCUGAAGGAGAGGACAACAUAGAUAGAUGGAAGAGAAUUGCUAGACUUGCUGUACUCAAAUCAGCAGAUCGAAAAUGGGGACAAGUGAUAGAUAGUGCUAUAAAAAGUUCUCAAAUUGGUCGAAGUACUAGCAGAGCUUCUCUAAAAAGUCAACAGAGUCUUAAAAAAGCUAUGGAUGAAGCAAAAAAAUUACGAGCUAAAUCUCCACUACCUGAAACGGCUCCUAUCGAAUUACCAGAGGAUACGACAGCUAACAUUCUUUAUGUUUUAAAAGGAACUGAUGAAAAAGAUAGUUCACAUUCACCAUCACCUAGUAGAUUUUCUCCAGAAGUACCAGUUAAUAAUAUUGAGCCAAAAACUAUGUCAACAAUUGUUGGAUAUGAGGAUGAAAAAAGGAAGAAAAAUUCUCAACCUUUGAUUUCUAUUCGAACUUCUCCUCCGAAGGUUAUCAAACGAAAAGCUCCUCCUCCAUCAAGUACUUCAGAUGCUUUAAAUAAAUCUAGAUCAAUAAGUCCUGUAAAGCCACAUACUGAAAAUUUGUCUAAAACAUCAAGACCUACUAGUCCACCUAAAUCUGUAGGAGAUUCACUUGGGAAAAAUAAAAAAUCUGGUUCAGCUUCAAAAACAUCAGGUUCAACGUUAUCAGUUUCUCCAGCAGUACUUUCAGAUUCAACGAAUACUAAUACUAAUAUUAUUCGUCCAAGACCACGAUCUAGACAAGGACAAAGUCAUUCACCAAGUCCUCGGAGAAUUCCUGAUGUAGCUAUUACUCCUGACACUCCAGAAGCUGAAGCAAGACGUGAAGCAACAGAUGGGGAUCGAUUGAGAUUAGUUGAUGUUGAGCUAAAGUCUCCAAGAUUUGGAACAGCUAGAAAGGGAAUGUGGCUAUAAGUAAGAAUAAAUUCUAAAAUGAACAAAUUCGAAUGUUAAAUAAUACAAAUAAAUUUUUUGAAACGCAAUAUAAAAA